AUGACUAGCGAGCAACCUCUUACUCCUUUUGAGAAUGCCUUGGCGGGUGCUCUUGGUGGCGUCUUCUCCAAUGCUGUGAUAUACCCCCUCGAUACCGUCAAGACUGUCAUCCAAGCCGACAAAAAGGCAGCCGCCGAGCAUGGUGACACGAAGAAGAAGCUUGGUAUCGUUCAGACUCUCUUGAUGCUUGUUCGGACCAAGGGCCCUUCGUCGCUGUACCGUGGCUUCCUUGCCAACAUCCUGAACACGUUCAUUCAGCAGUUCGCAUACUUCUACUGGUACUCGGUCGUCCGUACUGUGUACAUCAAGCGCGUGCUUCACUCCAAGACUGCCGCUCCGACACUUCACGUCGUUACCGAGCUUGUGCUCGGCGCUGUGUCCGCUGCCCUGGCACAGCUGUUUACUACCCCUGUGGGUGUGAUUGCCACGCGCCAGCAGAUCGGCACGGAUCACCACGAAGAAGACGACUCGUUUGUGGGCCAUAUCAAGGAUAUUUACCACGCCGACGGUAUCACUGGCUUCUGGCGCGGCCUGCGACCAAGCCUGGUGCUUACCGUUAACCCUGCGAUCACCUACGGUGUGUACGAGCGUGUGAAGAACUUGAUUCUUGCCGCAUCGGGUGGCCACAUGACGCCUGGUAAGUCGUUUGUCAUCGGUGCGCUCUCCAAGACUCUUGCUACUAUUGUGACAUUCCCGUAUAUCCUCAGCAAGAUCCGUCUGCAGGCCAAGAACACACCAUACAAGACUGCCUUCGAUGUCCUUGGCCAUAUCUACCACCAAAAGGGCGUGCUUGGCUGGUACCAGGGUAUGAACGCUCAGAUUACCAAGGCUGUGCUCUCGCAGGCGCUCCUCUUCUAUUUCCGUGACUAUUUCGAGAUCUGGACGCGUCAGAUCCUCGCCCUAUCCUACUUCAAGUCUGCGUAA